CAGGCAGCAGUUCCCGGCGGGGAGGGGUCGUGGGGUCACACCGGGCCGGAGCAGGCAGCGGUUCCCGGCGGGGAGGGGUCGUGGGGUCACACCGGGCUGGAGGUAAGGGCAGGCAGCUGUUCCCUGUAGAUUUCUUCCUUUCCAUCCCUGCUAGUGCUGCCUGGUUCUGGGCCCAUGGGGAGAUUUGCCAAACCGCCGCCUUGUCUGAUUCUGUAUUUGCUUUCCCCCGCAGUCUUCUAGACGGAAGUGUGUCUUCAUACAUCACCACACGUGAGAGCAGGGAGACGGCCGGACAGACCUGACGAUGGCAGCCGAGCCGGUGCCCGCCUCCCUGCCCAGCUGGGAGCUGGAGGCCUGGUACGAGGACCUGCAGGAGGUGCUGUCCUCGGAUGAGAAUGGGGGGACAUCCCUGCCCCCCAGGGGAGCAGAACAGAAAGACCUUGCCACACUUGAUGCCACAGCGCUGCUAUGGGGCUUGGAUUUCCCGGCCCCCUUGGCGGAGCCGACAGGCGAUGCCCCCGAGCUGGAUGCCAGCUUGACGGCUGAGCUGCUGGAGCUGCUGAGCGGAGCGCCCGAGGAGCUGGUGGGGCGCCCUGAAUCGGACUCCAGCCAGAGCUCCCCGGCUCAGACCUGCACGGAGGAUGAGGAGGGGGCAGGCCCGGCCCGCGGCGUGAAGAGGAAGAGAAGCAGCCAGCCCCAAGGGCAGGGCAAGAAGCGGAGCGGGGAGAAGGAGCAGAACGAGAGGAGGGUGACAGAGCUGAUGGCCGAGAACGAGCGGCUCAAGCAGGAGAUCGAGCGACUGAGCGCAGAGGUGGAGGCCACCAGGGCGGCACUGAUUGAGCGCAUGGUGAACCUGCAGAAGGUGGAGGGCUGAACUGAGCCCACGGGGCUGCAGUGCCCUGUGCCUGUUGGAUUCACAGGGGGCAGCUGGGCCCUGGUAGUGUGUGGCCCGCUUGCCACAAGACAGCUGUGCAGAGCCAGGGCCUGGACCUGAGGCCGCCCUAGGCAGAUUGACUCAGACCACAGCCCCGGAGGGCCCUACGUCUGCUGAUGCUGCGGGGGGUGGGAGCUGGCAAAGACCUGGAUGGCGGGAGCUCCCACUCCUGGUUGUGCCAGCCUGAUGCUGGGACUAGCAGACACUCAGCCACGUUCUCCCGGGCCAGCUGGCACAACCCCGCACAUGACGAACUGCUAUUUAACGAGGGCCGCUGCGUCCUGGAGCUACGGAAGGGGCUGUUGUAAUGAGCGUCACAGCACAUCUAGCAAACCCUUUAUUGUAUGUCCCCGCGCGGUCAGCGCUUCCCCCAUUACACCCUGUGUGCCCGA